GUCACUUGUGAGGAGUCUGGAAAGAACCUCUCCAAUAUCCCCACUAAGUUUUUCCAAAACGUUACUAAAUUAAGCCUCAAAAAUAAUAAUAUCACUUUAAAACAUAGUGACAAAGAGAUUCUUCAAAGCUUUACUAACCUCACUGAACUUUAUCUGAAUGAAAACGUGAUUACUGUACUGUACAAUAAUAGCUUCUGCAAUCUGACAAAACUCGUAAUUCUGGAUAUCAGCAACAAUAAUAUUAGCACAGUUCAUAAAGCAGCAUUUGCAGGAUUAAAUCAACUGUCAGUGUUGAAUCUCUCCUAUAAUAUGAUUACUCAACUAGAUUCAGAUGCAUUUACUUGUCUAAAAAGUCUGACAGUUUUAAAUCUACAGUAUAACUUCCUGAACUCUUUUCAUAUAAAAUUGCCUUUUAAAUUGAUUAAAAUAAUUUUAGCUGGAAACCCAUGGACCUGCUCCUGUGACCUCCUUGAUUUACAGAUAUGGCUAACUGCCUCCAAUGUCACAAUGGAAAAUGAAAACAGCACUGUAUGUACAUUCCCAAACACCAAGAAAAAAUUCUCCAUCAAGACGGCAGCUAUCCAACCAGCUGACUGCAAAAUUGAAAAAACUUCUUUAGAAAACAGUAUAACAUCCACUUCUGCCAUUAAACUUAAAAGUAGUGCCUUACUAACAGCUCUGGCUCCAAACAACAUCACUGGAAACAAUGGAACACAUGCAGAGUUACCACUUCUUGGCAAAAGUUGGACCUUCCUAGCAGGUGUCCUAGGGUUUGUCCUAAGCACUACACUCCUGAUUUUUACUGCUCUAAAAUGCCCAACAUGGUAUCGCUAUUUGAUCAGCUACAGUCACCGUCGUCUGGAACAAAAUGACUCAGAGAUGUUUGAACAGGAGUUCUCAGCUGACAUGAGCUCUUUUCCUACAGUACUGGAUACAAACAAUGAAGAUCCUGUAGUAAUAUUUGAGAAAAUUCAUGCAUUUGUGCCUGGGGAGGAUGGAUUUAUUGAGGAUAAAUACAUAGAUUCUUAUGUAACUAAGGAGAGUUAA